ACAAGAAGACGGUCGUGCUCGAUACGAUGGCGGUCGUGUGCGACACGACGACGGCCGUGUUCGACACGAUGGCGAUCGUGUUCGACCCGACGACGAUCGUGUUCGACACGACAACCAGCGUGUUCGACACGACAAGGAUCGUGUUCGACACGAUGACCAUCAUGUUCAACACGACGAUGACCGUGUCGGACACGACGACGAUCGUGUUCGACGCGACGACCGUUGUGUUCGACACGACAACGAUCGUGUUCAACACGACGACCAUCGUGUUUGACACGACGACCAGCGUGUUGGACACGACAACGAUCGUUCGAACACGAUCGUCGACUGCGUUUGUCGAGUCGAACACGUUCGUCGCGUCGAACACGUUCGUCGAGUGCCCUGUCGAGUCGAACACGUUCGUCGAACACGUUGAGUCGAACACGAUCGUCGAGUCGAACACGUUUGUCGAGUCGAACACGAUCGUCGAGCUGAACAAGAUCGUCGAGCUGAACACGAUCGUCGAGUCGAACACGAUCGUCGAGUCGAACACAAUCGUCGUGUCGAACACGUUCGUCGAGUCGAACACGAUCGUCGAGUCGAACACGAUCGUUGAGUCGAACAUGAUCGUCGAGUCGAACACGAAUGUCGAGUCGGACAUGAUGGUCAGGUCGAACACGAUCGUCGAGUCGAACACGAUCGUCGAGUCUAACACGAUCGUCGAGUCGAACACGACCGUCGAGUCGAACACGAUCGUCGACUGCGUUUGUCGAGUCGAACACGUUCGUCGAGUGCCCUGUCGUCGUGUCGAACACGAUCGUCGACUCUAGCACGAUAGUCGAGUCGAACACGAUAGUCGAACACGAUCGUCGAGUCUAGCACGAUAGUYGAGUCGAACACGAUAGUCGAGUCGAACACGAUCGUCGAGUCGGACACGAUUGUCGAGUCGGACACGAUCGUCGAAUCAAUCACGAUAGUCGUG